ACAUGAGUGAAAGAUUAAAAAUCAUAGCCAAGAAAAAUAUAAUAAUUAUAAAAACUAAAAGAAUGAGAGUUAGCGAGCGAGAGAGAGGGAGAUAAACUCCGACGCCAGAAAACAAAGCUCCCAUCUGAUUUGCAGAGCCGCAGAGAAUCCAAAGGACGACGAAAUACUGAAACGGAGAGAGAGAGAGAGAGAGAGAGAGAGAGAAUAAGAAUGCGCAGCACUGAAACAGCUCAAGAAAAAGAGAGACAGUGUAUGUCUAUGUCUUAAAUUUCAAAAUUCCUAUCAAGUCCUUUUUCUUCUUAUCCACUCCGGAUCUCAUUUUCGUUCUGGAGCUCUUUUUCGUGGGCGAACUCUUAUUUUCAGUUGGAACUCUUACCGUUUUGUGUUUUUUUGACAAAAAUCUUGGUUCCGAAACAAAGAUAUUGACCAUUAGUACAUCGGAUUCACAAUUUCACAUCAGUGAACCUUUGGUUUGGUUCAGUAUUAUUGGACCGAGUUUUUUUUUUGGGGACUUCGGAGCUCAGAUUGUCGAUAAACAUUGUCUUUUUGGGCGUUGAAUUUGUUUCUUAUUGACGAAGGAACAACAAGGCGUGGGAUCGGAAUGGGGGUUUUGUGAAUUUGCCAGCUUUGGUUUAAAUCAGCUAAGAAAUGUUUGAGGGGCGGUGCCUGGUCUCGAGGGCGUUUUCGAGUGCAGGAGCCAAGUGGUCUUACAUGCCUUACCGGCCCGAUAUCACCAACGGGAAGCGCCCAUUGGAAAUCGACGGUGAGGACGAACGCGAAUGUCAACAGAGGAGGCUGUGUAGGUCGUUGGAGCAUGAGCAAUCUGAUGAGCGUGGUGGUGGAGGAGGAGGGGAUUCUUCGGAUUCGGAGUCGGAGACGGAUUCAAAUACGGAUUCGAAUACGGAUUCCCUUAUCAAUCCUAUUGGCAGAGACAACUCCAUCAGCUGCCUCAUGAACUGCUCGAGGUCCGAUUACGGUGCGAUUGCCUCGUUGAACCGGAGCUUCAGGUCCUUGAUUCGGAGCGGCGAGCUGUACCAGCUGCGGCGGAAGAACGGUGUGAUCGAGCACUGGAUUUACUUCUUGUGCAACCUCCUUGAAUGGGAGGCGUUCGAUCCGAUUCGUCACCGGUGGAUGCUUUUGCCGAGAAUGACCUCGAACGAGUGCUUCAUGUGUUCGGAUAAGGAGUCCUUGGCUGUGGGCACUGAGCUUCUUGUCUUUGGUAAAGAUGUGACCUCCCAUGUCAUCUAUAGAUAUAGUCUUCUGACGAACUCGUGGUCCUCCGGGAUGAGAAUGAACGCACCCAGAUGCUUGUUUGGGUCUGCCAGCCUUGGGGAGAUUGCGAUUCUAGCUGGUGGGUGUGAUUCACAGGGGGAGAUCUUGAGCUCCGCGGAGCUAUAUAAUUCUGAGACUCAAACUUGGGAGACACUCCCGAGCAUGAAUAAGCCAAGGAAGAUGUGCUCGGGGGUGUUCAUGGACCGCAAAUUUUACGUGAUUGGUGGAAUCGGAGGGCCCGAUUCGAAGGUUCUUAUGUGCGGAGAGGAGUACAAUUUGGAGACUAGGACUUGGAGAGAAAUUCCUAACAUGUCUCCUGGACGGAGUGGUGCGGCCAGGGAGAAUGAGAUGCCUGCCACUACAGAGGCUCCGCCUCUGGUUGCAGUGGUGGCUAAUGAAUUGUAUGCGGCGGAUUAUGCAGACAUGGUGGUGAGGAAGUAUGACAAGGAAAUGCAAGAGUGGAUUACUGUGGGGGGAUUGCCUGAACGGGCGGUCUCGAUGAAUGGUUGGGGUCUAGCUUUUAGGGCUUGUGGAGACAUGCUCAUAGUGAUUGGUGGACCUAGGGCUUUGGGUGAAGGUUUUAUUGAGCUCAACUCAUGGGUUCCGAGUGAAGGCCCUCCGCAGUGGAACUUGCUUGCGAGAAAGUUAUCGGGUAACUUCGUCUAUAACUGUGCUGUGAUGGGUUGCUGAAGGGAUGGGAUUUUUUGCGGUGCCAUGUUUACUGUGAUGGUGCCUUUGCUCACAGUGAUAUGUACAAGAUUGAUUUGUCUUUCUUCGACACAGGAGUCCCGCUAAUUGGUAAUUUUCUUCCCCCCUUCUUUAUUUUUCAGAUCUUUUCACUUUUUCGGUGAGAGAGACGGGGAAGAAUUUCAGAUUUUACUCAUGAUUCAAUAGAAUGUUUCCUUGGAAGGAGGUCUUGAGUUUUCAAUUUUUUUUUUUCAUUUUUAAACUUUUAUUUAUGUUUUCCUCCAUUGAAUUUAUAUCUUCCCCCCAUUUUUAGUGACAUGAGAAAUCUCAGAAGGUUGGCGUCAUGUAGCACAGGAAUAGAUUCAAUAAUUUGAACUUUCAAGUACCAACACAUUGGUAGGUUGUCUCCAGUGUUUGCUCAAGCUUUUUAAAGAAACACACAACUAGUUAUAUGGGUUUUCUUGAUAUUGUCUCCACUGUAGCAAAUAAGUUCUCAAAGAUUGUUAUCUUGGACGUGGCAUAUGUACUGUUCCAAAUUAUCGUUGCAAUCAAUGGGCUAUUUAUUUCA